AUGGCAGCUAGGAGAGACAAGGUUCUAGAAGAAGACUGGGUGGCACAGCUGCAGGAGAAAAUAACACCUAAACUAAGGCAAUUCCUGACACAGAGAAGAUUAGUGGACUGCACUAACUACGAGAAGAUAAAAAAAGAGCUCUUAGACUAUGUGGGAAUGACGGAGGAAGCCUGCAGGAAAAGAUGGCAUGAGACUGUCCCAAUUGAAGAUGGCCCAAGAGAAUUUUUUGUGGCAUUACAAAAGAACUUCCGACAAUGGUGCGAGGCGGCGAAAAUAGAACGAAACUUUGAACAGCUGGAGGAGUUAAUAUUGAAAGACUCUAUACUCAGUGCCCUAAACGAGGAGGUAAGAGAAGAGAUCCUAGAUAAAGAACCUGAGUCGUUGGAAAAGCUAGUUGAUUUGUUGGAGAACAGAAAGAUAAUCUUCGCCAGUAAAAGCAUUUUCAAGAAAUCGAGAAUUUAUCAGGCCAACGCAGUGAGUGACAGAAGAGAUUUGAAUAGGCAAAAUUACCGCUACCAAACCAGCCCUAGCAGCGCAAACUACAUCAGGCCAAACAUUGAAUACCAUGAGCCCAGAAGAAAUUUCGUCAGACCCCGCUAUAGCAAUUCUUACAACAGAGCAAGAGGGCGAUGGAAUAGGCCAAAUUACACAUUCAGCAACCAAGUUAACAACAGAAGAAACAACUAUGGAAAUGGAAUGUACCAGAAUAACCAAGGAAGGUAUAGGAAUGAGACUAGAAGGAACUACUCCAAUCAAGCCGAAUGUGCCGUGGUGCAAUUGCCUGAUAGACAAGGGACUUGCAAUCUGAUCUACUAUAAUCCAGAAAGUGUGGCUAACUUCAUUAUAAACGACAAGUCUAUUGGAUCACUAAACAUAGAAGAAGGAAAGCUGAAUGGAAGAAAGGCGUCGAUCCUGAGAGAUAGCGGCUGUAGCGUUAUCGCCGUAAGAGAGACACUUGUCAAUGAAAAAGAUAUUUUGCCAGAGAAAUGCUCCUUGUGCUUAGCAGACGGACAAGUAUUUAUAUACAAAACCGCAAAGGCAAUGCUUGACACACCUUACCUGAAAGGAGAAUUCAUCGUCGUGCUAUUUCCGGAGCCGGUCGCUGAUGUGUUAAUAGGCAAUGUGAAAGGCCUGUUCGUGUCAGCCGUAGAGACUAGAGGAAUGAAGGACAAAGAAAGGGAAGAAACUCAAGUAAAGACGCCAAUCAUAGGAACAAGUAUAGAAGGGAGUCUAGAGAAGGAACAACAAGAAGAUGAAACUCUGGCACCACUAUGGAGAAAAUGCAACCUGCAAACAACACAAGUGACUAAAGAAGCAAGUAUUUUGUUUGUCAGAAAGAAGAGCUUGCUUUACAAGAGAGUUACGUCCCUUACAGAACCUCAAGUAGUUAAAGAUCUUUUAGUUGUUCUUAAGUGCAGACGUAAAUUAAUACUGGAAAACGCCCACAGCUCACCACUGGCAGGGCAUAUGUCUGUAAAGAAAACAAAACUUCGUAUCUACUCUGAAUUUUAUUGGCCAGGGGUCGACAAAGAUGUAAAGCAGUUGGUAAGGUGCUGCGACCCAUGUCAGAGAGCAAAAGUUCCAGGGAGAGCUGGUAAAGCAGUGCUGGGGAAGAUGGACAGACAAGUUGUACCCUUUAAAAAAAUCGCCAUAGAUCUGGUUGGACCUCUUCCUAUGACAGAAAGUAAACAUAGAUACAUCCUAACUAUGAUAGACACAUUCUCCAGAUGGCCUGAAGCUGUACCGUUGAGAAAUAUAGAGACAACUACUGUGAUAGAAGCUUUGUAUUCGGUCUGCACUAGGAUUGGUUUUCCAGAGGCCAUUCUCUCUGACAAUGGUUCUCAAUAUGGUUCAGAUUUAUACACAGAAGUCUGCAAAUUCUUCAAUGUGAAGAUAAUCAAGUCCUCGCUAUACCACCCGGCCUCGAAUGGAUGCGUAGAACGCCUACAUGGUUCACUUAAGAGCUUAUUAAGAAAGCUGUGUUCUGAACGAUCUAAAGAUUGGGACAAAUACUUAGCCUCGGCAUUAUUCGCUAUAAGAGAAUUGCCCAACGAUACAACAGGAUUUGCACCCUACGAACUUGUAUUUGGAAGAAAAAAUUAG